AUGGGGCAGAUAGGGACCCCGACGCAGCAAUGGCGGUGCAAGGGCAGCAGCUGCGCAAGGGCACCAACGACGGUGGUGUGGCAGACGGGUUGCAGUAGUGCACUGACAGCGGCGGCGCCAGGCAGCGGCGGCGCACGGGGCAGCAGCGGCGUCAAGCAGCAUCGGCGCAUAGGGCAGCGGAGGCGUGGCAGCGGCGAACGAGCAGCGGGGGGCGCCAAGCAGCAGUGGCACCAGGCAGCAGCGACGCACGGGGCAGCAGUGCACGGCAGCGACGCACGGGCAGCGGCGGUGCCAGGAAGCAGCAGCACACGGGGCAGCGGCGGCGCGCGGGGCAGCGACCGCGCCUGA